UUUCAUAAAGAGCCUUCAUAAAUACAUAUUCCAAAGAAAAUAUAAAUAAUGAUAAAAAAAUUAUAAUGAAAAAUAUUUCCCAUCAAGCCUUUGCAACUUCCUUUUCCGGUUAUCAGCCACACGAUGGUCCAAGGCAAGGAACGCUACGUUGAAUCAGGGCGUGUAGCCUACAUCGGCUAUGGAGACGACAAAGGAAAGCUUUGUGUCAUUGUUGAUGUCAUAGACCAGAACAGAGUUUUGGUAGAAGGACCCUGUUCUAAUGUCGCCAGAAAACAAAUGAACUUGAAAGCCCUCCAGUUGACCACAUUCAGAUUAAAUGUGCCAGCUUCUUGCAGACAGAAGAUCAUUAAGAAGAACUGGGAGAAAGACAACAUCACAGAAAAGUGGAAUAACUCGACCUGGGCCAAGAAAAUUGCUGCAAGAGAAAAGAGGGAAACACUCACAGACUUUGACAGAUUCAAGCUCAUGAAGGCAAAGCAAGCGAGAAAUCGUUUGGUUAAUAUCGAGUUUGGCAAGCUUAGAAAAGCAGCAAAGAAGUCAGGCGGCAAAAAGAAAUAAACUGUACAUUUUCCUUAAUAAACAAGUUCGUCUCCAAGA